AUGGUUAUCAUGUCAGGCACGGCAACUGUCCUGCAGCAGUUUGUCGGUGGGCUGAAGAGUCGAAAUGAAGACACCAGAGCGAAGUCUGCAAAGGAUCUGCAACAUUAUGUGACAACAGAGUUAAGAGAGUUAAGUCAAGACGAAGCUACCACAUUCUAUGAUGAAUUAAAUCACCACAUCUUUGAGCUGGUGUCCAGCUCUGAUGUUAAUGAGAAGAAAGGAGGGAUUCUUGCAAUAGUCAGUCUGAUUGGAGUCGAGGGAGGAAAUGCCACCAGGAUCAGCCGUUUUGCUAACUACUUGCGCAACCUGCUACCCUCCAGUGACCCAGUGGUUAUGGAGAUGGCUUCCAAAGCUAUGGGUCACCUUUCUAUGGCCGGGGACACAUUUACAGCUGAAUAUGUUGAGUUUGAAGUGAAGAGGGCUCUGGAGUGGCUCGGAGCAGACAGGAAUGAAGGAAGACGUCAUGCUGCCGUAUUGGUGUUGAGGGAACUGGCUGUUAGUGCGCCAACCUUCUUCUUUCAACAAGUGCAACCUUUCUUUGACAACAUCUUCUAUGCUGUGUGGGACCCCAAACAGGCCAUCCGCGAGGGUGCCGUGUCGGCACUGCGGGCCUGCCUUAUUCUUACCACACAGAGGGAGACCAAAGAAAUGCAGAAACCGCAGUGGUACAAACAAACCUUUGACGAAGCAGAGAAGGGCUUCGAUGAAAGCUUGGCAAAAGAGAAAGGCAUGAAUCGGGACGACAGGUUCCACGGUGCUCUUCUCAUCCUGAAUGAGCUGGUUCGAAUCAGCAGCAUGGAAGGAGAGCGCAUGCGUGAGGAAAUGGAGGAGAUCACACAGCAGCAGCUGGUGCACGAUAAGUACUGCAAGGAGCUCAUGGGCUUUGGAACAAAGCCCCGCCACAUCACCCCUUUUACCAGCUUCCAGUCGGUGCAGCCACAGCAGUCCAACGCGCUCCUGGGCUUGCUUGGUUACAGCACGCCACAGGGCUUUCUCAGUUUCGGAGCUACACCUGUGCCUGCUAAGAGCUCACUGGUGGAGAGCAGAUACUGCCGCGAGCUCAUGGAAGAGCGUUUCGACCAGGUUUGUCGAUGGGUGCUAAAAUACAGAACCAGUAAGAAUCCUCUUAUCCAGAUGACAAUACUCAAUUUGCUGCCAAGGCUUGGUGCCUUCCAACCACAUACUUUUACUGACCAAUACCUGUCGGACACAAUGGGCUACCUGCUAGGCAGCCUUAAGAAGGAGAAGGAGCGGACAGCAGCCUUCCAAGCUCUGGGUUUACUGGUGGUAGCAGUCCGGGCUGAAAUACAGCCGUAUCUUUCCAAGAUCCUGGAGAUUAUAAAGGCAGCUCUGCCACCCAAGGACUUUGCUCACAAAAGGCAGAAGUCCAUUCAGGUAGACGCCACUGUUUUCACAUGUAUUAGCAUGCUUUCUAGGGCUAUGGGUCCUAGCAUCCAACCAGACAUUAAGGAAUUAUUGGAGCCCAUGCUGGCUGUGGGCCUCAGUCCUGCACUGACAGCGGUGCUGUACGAUCUGAGCCGUCAAAUCCCACAGCUGAAAAAGGACAUUCAGGACGGGCUGCUAAAGAUGCUGUCACUGGUUUUGAUGCACAAACCAUUACGUCACCCGGGCAUGCCCAAAGGAUUGGCUCACCAGCUUGCAUCGCCAAGCCUUACCAACAUCCCAGAGGCCAGUGAUGUUGGCAGUAUAACACUGGCCUUGCGCACUCUGGGAAGUUUUGAGUUUGAAGGACACUCCCUCACCCAGUUUGUGCGACACUGCGCUGACCACUUCUUGAACAGCGAGCACAAGGAAAUCCGAAUGGAGGCGGCUCGCACCUGUUCCCGACUCCUCACCCCCUCCAUACAUCCAAUCAGCGGCCAUGUUGUGAGUCAGACAGCAGUCCAGGUUGUUGCAGAUGUGCUAAGUAAACUUCUAGUGGUUGGCAUCACAGAUCCAGAUCCAGAUAUCCGCUACUGUGUGUUGGCGUCUCUGGAUGAGCGCUUUGAUGCCCACCUUGCCCAGGCAGAGAACCUGCAGGCACUCUUUGUGGCCUUGAAUGAUGAAGUGUUUGAGAUCAGAGAAUUGGCUAUUUGCACAAUCGGACGCCUAAGCAGUAUGAACCCAGCUUUCGUCAUGCCCUUCUUACGCAAGAUGCUCAUUCAGAUCUUGACAGAACUGGAGCACAGUGGUGUUGGAAGAAACAAAGAGCAGAGUGCCCGUAUGCUCGGUCAUCUGGUGUCUAAUGCUCCCCGCCUCAUACGGCCAUACAUGGAGCCCAUCCUCAAGGCACUGAUCCUUAAAUUGAAAGACCCAGACCCAAAUCCUGGUGUGGUUAUUAGUGUCCUUGCCACCAUUGGGGAAUUGGCUCAGGUGAGUGGUCUGGAGAUGAGAAAGUGGAUGGAUGAGCUUUUUCCUAUCAUCAUGGACAUGUUGCAAGACUCAUCCUCUUUAGCCAAGCGACAGGUGGCACUGUGGACUUUAGGCCAACAGGUGGCCAGCACUGGUUAUGUGGUGGAGCCCUACAGAAAGUACCCGUCCCUUCUUGAGGUGCUGCUCAACUUCCUCAAGACCGAACAGAACCAGGGGAUCAGAAGAGAAGCCAUCCGCGUUCUUGGUCUGCUUGGAGCUCUAGACCCGUACAAGCACAAAGUGAACAUUGGCAUGAUCGACCAGUCACGAGAUGCCUCCGCAGUCAGUCUUUCUGAGUCCAAGUCUAGUCAAGAUUCAGCUGAUUACAGCACUAGUGAGAUGCUGGUCAAUAUGGGCAACUUGCCCCUGGAUGAGUUUUACCCAGCGGUGGCAAUUGUUACUCUGAUGCGCAUCCUGAGAGAUCCCUCACUGUCAAACCACCACACCAUGGUCGUCCAGGCUGUCACGUUUAUAUUCAAGUCUCUGGGUUUAAAGUGCGUCCAGUUCCUACCGCAGGUCAUGCCCACAUUUCUAAAUGUGAUUCGUGUCUGCGAUGCUAGCAUCCGAGAGUUCCUCUUUCAGCAGAUGGGAAUGGUCGUAUGCUUUGUUAAGAUUCACAUCCGCCCCUACAUGGAUGACAUAUUCACCCUCAUCAGAGAGUACUGGACACCCAAUAAUCCCAUGCAGAACACCAUCAUCCUUCUGAUCGAACAGAUCGUGGUGGCGCUGGGUGGAGAGUUUAAACUCUAUCUGCCUCAGCUCAUCCCUCACAUGUUGCGUGUCUUCAUGCAUGACAACAGCACUGGGCGCAGUGUUACCAUAAAGCUUCUAAAUGCCAUCCAGCUGUUUGGUGCCAACCUCGAUGACUACCUCCACCUGUUGCUGCCACCCAUUGUCAAGCUGUUUGAUGCACCCGAUGUGCCACUGCAGGCCCGCAAGGUUGCCUUGGAGACUUUGGACAGGCUUACAGAAUCCCUGGACUUCACCGAUUACGCUUCCCGCAUUAUUCACCCCAUUGUCCGGACUCUUGACAGUACGCCCGAAUUGCGCUCCACCUCCAUGGACACCCUGUCCUCACUUGUGUUCCAGUUAGGCAAGAAGUACCAGAUCUUCAUCCCCAUGGUAAAUAAAGUGAUGCUGAAGCACCGGAUCAACCACCAACGCUAUGACAUACUAAUAUGUCGUAUUGUUAAGGGCUAUACUCUGGCAGAAGAGGAAGAAAACCCUCUGAUCUUUCAGCACCGCCAUCUACGUGGUAACCAAGGUGAUACACUGGUUAGCGGACCAGUGGAGGCAGGACCAAUGAAGAAACUUCAUGUCAGCACAACAGCACUUCAGAAGGCUUGGGGUGCCGCUAGAAAGGUUUCCAAAGAUGACUGGCUAGAGUGGUUGAGACGCUUAAGUGUCGUCCUGCUGAAGGAGUCUUCCUCCCCAGCGCUGCGAUCGUGUUGGUCGUUGGCUCAAACCUACAUCCCACUGGCCAGGGACCUUUUCAAUGCGGCCUUUUUAUCCUGUUGGUCUGAGCUGAGUGAAGACCAGCAGGAUGAGCUGAUCCGCAGCAUCGAGUUAGCGCUGACGUCGCAGGACAUCGCAGAGGUCACGCAGACGCUACUUAACCUCGCAGAGUUCAUGGAACACAGUGACAAGGGCCCUCUGCCAUUGAGAGAUGACAAUGGCAUUGUACUGCUUGGUGAGAGAGCUGCCAAAUGCCGCGCCUAUGCCAAGGCUUUGCAUUACAAAGAGUUGGAGUUUCAAAAAGGUCCUUCGCCUCUCAUCCUGGAAUCUCUUAUCAGUAUCAACAACAAACUGCAGCAGCCAGAAGCUGCAUCAGGUGUGUUGGAGUAUGCCAUGAAACAUUUUGGUGAGCUGGAAAUCCAAGCCACCUGGUAUGAGAAACUCCAUGAGUGGGAGGAUGCCCUGGUGGCAUAUGACAAGAAGAUUGACAUGAACAAAGAGGAUCCAGAGCUCAUCCUGGGCAGAAUGCGCUGCUUAGAGGCCCUGGGAGAAUGGGGCCAGUUACACCAGCAAUGCUGUGAGGAGUGGACUCUUGUCAGUGAAGAAACCCAGGCCAAGAUGGCUCGCAUGGCUGCCGCGGCCGCUUGGGGACUAGGACACUGGGACAGCAUGGAGGAAUACACAUGCAUGAUACCAAGAGACACACAUGAUGGUGCUUUCUACAGGGCAGUGCUAGCCCUGCAUCAGGACCUGUUCUCAUUGGCCCAGCAGUGCAUUGACAAAGCAAGAGACCUACUUGAUGCUGAGCUGACAGCCAUGGCUGGAGAGAGUUACAGUCGAGCCUAUGGGGCAAUGGUGUCGUGCCAGAUGCUGUCUGAGCUGGAGGAGGUGAUUCAGUACAAGCUUGUGCCUGAGAGGAGGGACAUCAUUAGGGAAACAUGGUGGGAGAGGCUUCAGGGUUGUCAGCGAAUCGUAGAGGACUGGCAAAGGAUCCUAAUGGUCAGGUCGUUGGUGAUCAGCCCUCAUGAAGAUAUGAGGACGUGGCUAAAAUACGCCAGUCUUUGUGGCAAAAGUGGACGUCUGGCUUUGGCCCAUAAGACCCUGGUUCUCCUUUUGGGUGUUGACCCGUCCAAGCAACUUGAUCACCCACUCCCCACAGCCCACCCACAUGUCACAUAUGCAUAUAUGAAGUACAUGUGGAAGAGUACCCGCAAGAUUGAUGCCUUUCAGCACAUGCAGCACUUUGUGCAAGGGAUGCAGCAGCAAGCCCAGCAUGCCAUUGCAGCUGAAGACCAAAAACACAAACAGGAGCUCCACAAAUUGAUGGCCAGAUGCUUCCUGAAGUUGGGAGAGUGGCAACUUAGCCUGCAGGGCAUCAAUGAGAGCACCAUCCCCAAAGUCUUGCAGUAUUACAGCCAUUCAACCGAGCAUGACCGCAAUUGGUACAAGGCCUGGCACGCGUGGGCAGUAAUGAAUUUUGAGGCGGUGCUGCAUUACAAACAUCAGAACCAGGCUCGUGAUGAGAAGAAGAAGUUGCGACACGCCAGCGGUGCCAGUGCCAACGGUGAGGCCAGCAACAGCGACAGUGAGGUUGACGGCAACGACCACAGUCCAGUCCCCUCGCCAGGACAAAAAAAGGUUAAUGAGGUGAGAAUAACAUUGCUUCUCUACACUGUUCCUGCUGUUCAAGGAUUCUUCCGCUCCAUUUCUCUGUCCAGAGGCAACAACCUGCAGGACACACUCAGGGUUUUGACUUUGUGGUUUGACUAUGGCCACUGGCCUGAAGUAAAUGAGGCGCUUGUCGAGGGCAUCAAGACCAUCCAAAUAGAUACCUGGCUUCAGGUGAUUCCACAGCUCAUUGCUCGAAUUGACACACCUCGUCCUCUGGUGGGUCGCCUCAUCCACCAGCUGCUUACAGACAUUGGACGAUAUCAUCCACAAGCUUUGAUCUACCCACUAACUGUGGCCUCUAAGUCUACCACCACAGCUCGCCACAAUGCUGCAAACAAAAUCCUGAAAAACAUGUGUGAACACUGCAACACUCUAGUUCAACAAGCUAUCAUGGUUAGUGAGGAACUUAUUCGAGUGGCCAUCUUGUGGCAUGAGAUGUGGCACGAGGGCCUCGAGGAGGCGUCACGUCUGUACUUUGGAGAGCGCAAUGUCAAGGGCAUGUUUGCUGUUCUUGAACCCCUGCACGCAAUGAUGGAGAGGGGGCCACAGACUUUGAAAGAGACUUCUUUUAAUCAGGCUUAUGGCAGGGACCUGAUGGAGGCUCAGGAUUGGUGCAGGAAGUACAUGCGCUCUGGAAAUGUGAAGGACUUGACCCAGGCCUGGGACCUGUACUAUCAUGUGUUCAGGCGCAUCUCCAAACAAUUGCCACAGCUGACUUCCUUGGAGCUGCAGUAUGUUUCUCCAAAAUUACUGAUGUGCCGCGACCUCGAACUGGCUGUCCCUGGAACCUAUGACCCCAACCAGCCCAUUAUUCGCAUCCAGUCCAUUGCACCGUCCCUCCAGGUCAUCACUUCUAAGCAGCGACCACGAAAACUCACUAUUAUGGGCAGCAACGGCCAUGAAUUCAUGUUCCUGUUAAAGGGACAUGAGGAUCUCAGGCAGGAUGAGAGAGUCAUGCAGUUAUUUGGCCUGGUCAACACGUUGCUGGCAAACGACCCUGCAUCCUUGCGCAAGAACCUCAGCAUCCAGCGCUACGCAGUGAUCCCCUUGUCCACAAACUCUGGGCUGAUCGGCUGGGUUCCUCAUUGUGACACUCUGCAUGCCCUUAUUAGAGACUACAGAGAAAAGAAAAAGAUUCUGCUCAACAUUGAACAUCGUAUCAUGCUCAGGAUGGCACCUGACUAUGACCACCUGACACUGAUGGAGAAAGUGGAGGUGUUCGAGCAUGCUGUUAACAACACUGCUGGUGAUGACCUGGCGAAGCUCUUGUGGCUAAAAAGCCCCAGUUCUGAGGUGUGGUUUGACAGGAGGACAAAUUAUACCCGCUCUCUGGCUGUGAUGUCAAUGGUCGGCUACAUCCUGGGACUUGGCGACAGGCAUCCUUCUAAUUUGAUGUUGGAUCGAUUAAGUGGAAAGAUCCUCCAUAUUGACUUUGGGGAUUGUUUUGAAGUUGCCAUGACUAGGGAAAAAUUCCCUGAAAAGAUCCCAUUCAGAUUGACGAGGAUGCUGACAAACGCCAUGGAGGUGACUGGCUUGGAUGGUAACUACCGGAUCACGUGCCACACGGUGAUGGAAGUACUAAGGGAGCACAGGGACAGUGUUAUGGCUGUGCUGGAAGCCUUUGUCUACGACCCACUGCUCAACUGGAGACUAAUGGACACUAACACAAAAGGCAACAAGCGCUCGCGCACUAGAACGGACUCGUACACGGCGGGUCAGUCUGUAGAGGCCCUUGAGGGAAUAGAAAUAGGUGAGACUACGCACAAGAAACCAGGGACCACAGUGCCUGAAUCCAUUCACUCUUUCAUCGGAGAUGGCUUGGUGCAACCCGAAGCCCUCAACAAGAAAGCCAUUCAAAUUAUCAACAGAGUACGAGAUAAGCUUACAGGUCGAGACUUUUCUCAUGACGAGACUCUCGACGUGCCAACACAAGUGGAACUGCUAAUAAAGCAGGCCACAUCCCAUGAGAACCUGUGCCAAUGCUACAUUGGAUGCAUCCCGUACUAUAGAAUUCCAGCCCCCGCGACACGCUCCCAAUGCCGCCAGGCUCUGGAGAGAGUAUCAUCCUGUAAACUGGAUCCUGCAAUGGAGCACUAUCCUCGGGUGGGGAUCAAGCAGCCACGCCUCCUCCGACAUCGGCCGGUUUGUCCGGCGAUCAUUCUCCAGCUGAUGCCCCCUCAACGAGCAUUCUUCCAGCAGCAGGGGAACGACGAGCUUGCCCAACGCCGAUCUUUGAAGGCUGUCACCGUCGCCGCCCUGUGUGACAUGAGCUGCUUCUCCCUCAACGAGCACUCCUGCACGCAGCAGGGGAACGACGAGCUGUAA